AUGAGGUCAAUAGCUCUCACCAACGUAAACCUCGAAGAGCUCAAAGGGAAAACGGUCAUUGUCACCGGUGUUACGGGCGGCAUCGGUGGUGAAACCGCAAGGACUUACCAUAACCAUGGAUCGAAUGUGGUAUUGGCUGACCUAGAACAAAUGCGAAGCUUCGCUGAGGCCGUGAUGGCCUCAUUCUCCGAGCCAUCACGGGCGAUGUUCGUUCCUGUAGACAUCUUGGACUGGGCUCAGAUGACAUCCUUGUUUCGGUCAACAAAAGAGAGAUUCGGCAGCGUCAAUGUUGUCGUCGCCAAUGCUGGGGUUAUGGAAUCUAGACCCGUCCUGGAGAGUAACGAAGCUGACGAAAAUAGCCACUUGAAGGAGCCCGUAGAGGCAUACAAGCUUUGCGCCUUGCUCUCUUCUACAUGGCAAAAAAUUGAGCCCAAGUUUCGGGACGGUUCACAAGGCUCUGUGGUCCUUGUCACCUCGACUUCCGGAUACUUUGGAGGAACGGGCGUCGCAGCAUAUGUUUCAUCGAAGCAUGGAGCCACCGGACUUUUGCGCGCAUCUCAGGGAGCUGCGAAUAAAGUCCAAAUCCGCGUCAACGGCAUAGCACCGAACUUUACAGCCACGCGACUCACUGAAAACUUCGCAAAAGCAUGGUAUGAAGCUGGUUUUGAGCACAACACUCUCCAUCAUGGGGCUCAUGUGAUCGCUCAAAUGUCGGUCGACCCUAGCCGACAAGGUGUCUGCUGUUUGAUUGCUGGUAGGAUACUGCGGGAAAUGGAACAUUCGAGGACAUAUUUACUCUCAGAAUGGCUCGGUGAUGAUCUUGUUCAAUUCAUGAACAAUGUAGGAGGGCUACUUGCCGGUAUGGGAGGGCUGCCGCUACCGAAACUACCAGCUCUGCAGCAAGAGCCCAGAAGGUCGUCUCGUGCAUCGAUGAAUCAGGGUUCAGGGCUGAGAAGUUCGGGCAAAGCUAGCAUGUAA